AUGCUGGUGACAGAAGAGGCGUGUGCUGCAGCAGUCCCAGGAGCCACCAUGCCCCAGGAGCCCCGGCAGACGGAUUUCCAGCUGGUGCGAGUCAGGAGCACGUGGUGCCGCAUCAAGAAAGGAGAAGCCCUUUCCAGCGACGAGGAUGAGAUCACUCUCUCUGAGGCAAAAAUAGGUGAGUGCAUCUCCGAAGGUGGGAUUUCCUGGAUAAUUGAAGCUCCCAUCUAUUUUUGCUACAAAGUGGUAGAAACGUACAACAUUCUGGAUCCCUCCAACACCACUCUGCUCUGGGGUCACAUCACUGACCCCCAGCAAAUAGAGCUCGCCAUGGCCAGCAAGAGGAAACUGCGGCGCUUUAUCGUCAUAGACGAAGUCGUCGACAAACUUUACGGCUCCAAAGUCAGAGAGUACUUUGAAGAGAACAACGUCCAGCACAAAAUCCUCGCCCUGCCAACCACUGAGGAAACAAAAUCCAUGGACUUGGUGCUGAACAUCUUGCAUGAGGUCCAGAACUUCAGCCUGGACCGGCGGACGGAGCCCAUCAUCGCCAUCGGCGGGGGCGUGUGCCUGGACAUCGUCGGCCUCGCCGCGUCGCUCUACAGGAGACGCACCCCCUACAUCCGGGUCCCCACCACCCUCCUCUCCUACGUGGAUGCCAGCGUGGGGGCCAAGAACGGGGUGAACUUUCUGCAGUGUAAGAACAAGCUCGGGGGCUACACCCCGCCCGCGGCGAGUUUCCUGGAUAGAUCCUUCAUCCAGAGCAUCCCUCGGCGGCACAUCUCCAAUGGCCUCGGGGAAAUUUUAAAGAUGGCCCUCAUGAAACACAAAGGGCUGUUUGACCUGCUCAAGAGCCAUGGAAAAUACCUACUGGACACUAAGUUCCAGUCUUGCAACAGCUUUGCUCACCACGGGGAUGCUGCACUGCAGACUACCAGGAUUGCCAUUGAAACCAUGCUGGAAGAGCUGGCUCCCAACCUCUGGGAGGAUGAUCUGGACAGACUGGUUGAUUUUGGCCACCUUAUUAGCCCAGAGCUGGAAAUGAGGGUUUUGCCGUCGCUGAUGCACGGGGAAGCCGUGAACGUCGACAUGGCAUUCAUGACGUACGUGGCCCACGCGCGCGGGCUCCUGCGCGCCGAGGAGAAGGAGCAGAUCCUGCAGUGCAUGCGGGGCCUGGAGCUGCCGGUCUGGCACAGCGGCUGCAGCUGGGCCCUGAUCCAGAGAGCCCUGCGGGAGCGCCUCAAGCACAGCGGGGGACAGCCGAGGAUGCCGCUGCCCACCGGCCUCGGCGUGGCAGACAUAUUCAAUGACACCAGUGAAGAGACUCUGGAAAGAGCAUACAAGCUGUGGGUCAAGGACUGCAAGAUGGGGCUGGAGGAAGAGCUGCAAGCCCAAGUUGAUGGUCCUGCCCCAGGCCUGAGCUGUUUGCCCCAGUAAGGUAGUGGGCAGAACUGAAGUUUGAACAGGAUGAAUGCAGAAGCACCUGUGACACUGCAUACACUCCAGAGCUGCGUGGAACAAGCAGAAUAUUGGCGUCUGACAUGAUUUGCCUUUUUCAAUUGCUUUGUUUGAAUGGGAAUCUAUUAUUACUCAAGAAGGGAUUGCUCACAAGUGAAACCACUGAGUGCCAGUAGUGUAGUUCAUAGCAAAUGGUCUUCUUUCAGGGAGAGUGAGCAGGAUUAUUCAUUUAUUUAGUUAAUCCAAGUUGGUAACUGCCAUGGCCCUUGCCACUGGUAUCCCACCAUUGCUUGUGCCUGGAGCCCUGACACAAGCAGGUGUAGCUGGCUCAUAGACCAUGAUAUGGCACCAGGCAAAAUUUCUAUGCUAUAUAAAAUAUUUCAA